GAAGGAAAACCCAAAGAACUUCUGCGACUGCCAAGAAAAGAACGUCUUUUCUGGCCCCAAAUUCUGAUUGUUUUGGAUUUGAUUUUUUUUGGAUGGGUGUGAAGCGUAGUAUGCAAGAGAACUGCUGCAACAAGGACUGCCUGGGUCUCCGAAAGCGUGUCUGUGGUCUCCAUCAAACCUUCAAGUGGCUGCACCAGACCCCCGCUCUGCACGAGUACCUGAUCUCCGCCAGUUCGGUUGCUGCAAACACAGGCAAGGCGAGCGAGCCCAGAGCAACAACAGUCUAAAGUCCACCUAAGACCAAAGCAAUCAACCAAACGAAUAUAAACCGACAAUAUUAGCUAAAGUAGAUAGUAAAUUCAAUCAAAAUUCAACCUAACCGCACAAAGAAAAACAGAAACA